CAGACAUUAUAUGAGACAAUAUCAUAGUUAUAUAGUAGCUUGCAUACUAAUUAUUUCACCCUGAGUUGCACUGUUACUUAAGCAACGCUUAAUGUACACACCAUACCCGGACAUAGGCGAGGGAGAUGGGAGUAGGAGGUGCACAAUCCCUUCGACCACCAGUGCCGUAGUGUGUCGCAAUCAAGAACUAGACGAUAACUUAAGAUGACGUUCGAUUCAAAUUAGUCCCCAGCACGAUGGCAGUGUUUAAUUCCGAUGAGUCUAAAAAUUGGCUUAAACAGUGGAUGGCCGUCUUCAUUACGAGAGAAGGUAUCCUCCCAUCAGUCAAGGCAGUGUCUGAAAGCAUGCACACUGAUAUUCUUACAAAAGCAUCAAAUUUGCAAAUUGCAACCUGUACACAGGACCACGGACGAAUAACUGAUAAUUCGCCGUUACAUUACCCUUUUCACAGACUAAUACGUGAUGAAAUCAAAGCCAUUCACAAAAGAAUUCCGUCUUGGAGGAACUCGCCGACAGAUACUUGGUAUGACACACCGUUUGCCAUUUCGAAGCUAUUCAUGCAAGCCUCAGGGUAUGACGACAAAACCAACUUUCAGGACACAGACUUCAAUGGAAUAGCAGCCUUCGUGUGUAACAGCGGUAAAUUCACUCAAAACGUGGAGAGAAUUUCUAAUGAGGCUAGAAAAGCUGUAAACAAAAUUCGCCACACGCCAAACAUGCUCUCAAAUGAACUGACUAACCAGGCCACACAUGAUUGCAUAGCUAAGCUGUCUGCCCUGUUGAACGAACAAGUUUUUCGUGGAGUGCCACAGGUACUGAGAGCAAGGAAAAAACUGGAUGAGCUGAAGACAAACUUUCCAGAUCUAAAUAAGGAAUUGUGUAAAUACAUAAUAGAUGAAGUUGUUUCAAAAGGCAUUCAAGACAUAAGCGAUCUAGUGACCGAUGAAGAGACUCAAUGCAGACAAGACUUUGACAAAAGAAGAGCGGAUAUGGAAACAAUUAGCAAUCUUUUUAUGUCAAGUAUUACAACACAGAGUGAAUGUGCUAUUUACGACAUCAGGCAAACACUGGACAAUUCUCUCAAAAACUUAACUAUGUAUAUAGGCAAUGCUAAAACAGUUCUGAAAACUACCACUGAGCAAGCAAAGCGAGACGUUAAAGAGGCUUCCGAGGUAGGACGACACAAACUUGAAAUGACAACAAAGGAAUUAAGACGCGACCUCGUGAGAAUAAGUGAUUGCACUAAUCUGAAACUUGAAGAAGCGGCUUCAGCCAACAAACACACUCUCGAAGAAACUACCUUAGUAGCUCAAGUACAACUUGAAGACACCACUAUGGACGGAAGAAAAGAACUCGUUGAAACGCCUGUUGCGGGAAAACGGGAGCUCAUAGAAACGGUUAUAGGUGGACAAAGACGUCUUCAACAAAUGCUUGAGGAGGGGUUGGAUGGUUUUAUACAAACGCUCAAGCCACAAGAUGAGUAUGAUCAAGCCAAGGCAAUGUCAGAGUUGCGAAAACAUCUUUCAAAGCAUUAUGAAAGAACGGCUGGACAAAUGAAAAUUCGGAUGGAAAUCGACGCAGCUAUAGAAGAUAUAUAUGAGAAGCCUAAACUUGUAUUCAAAAUCAAAACAGACCAGAGUGAAAAUGUAGUUGACGUUGAAAUUUCUGACAUAAAUCAAAUGUUUAUGUGCGGAGAAGGCUCGUUGGUUAAAACUAUAUUCGUAGAGGGUGAAGCUGGUUCUGGAAAAAACCAGUUUGUGCAAAAAUAUAGUUCGACACUGGAGUAAACACAUUUUAAAUGGAAGCGAGAAUGUCGAACAACAAAAUCUAAUAUGCCAGUUUGAAUUUGUGUUCUAUAUUGUUCUCAGAGAGGUUGAAGGUCACUGCAAGGUAAAAGAGAUAAUACUGCGUUGUUUAUUGGAACAGAUUGAUUCAGAUUAUCAGAAUGCCAAUGAUUUGCUAUCAACCAUUUUGAAAUCUGAGAGAUGUCUUUUGAUUCUGGAUGGUUUGGACGAGUGGGAACAUGCUAGAAAAUGUAAGCGUGAUAAACGAAUACCACAUAUUGAAUCAGGUUGGCAGAACUGUACCACGCUGAUUACUACAAGAGCUUACAAGAUGACUGAACUCAAAAUCAGCCGCUCACAAGUUGGCAACCAUGUACAUUUGCAGGGAGUACAUUUAGCCGAAAAACUAGUUUCAAGAAUUGUUAUGUCAUUGAACAAGUACAACAGAACACAUAAACGUCCAGAACACUGCAUCCGAGAAUUGAAAGAUAAGAAAUUAUGGCACUUCAGUGCAACUCCAAUCCUGCUGAUUCAUCUUGUCUGGCUUUGGCAUAAAGAUAAGCUAGAGGGAAGCCGAACACUGUCACGUUUGUACAAAGAAAUAAUAGAGGAAAGAUGGUUUGAAUUUUGCGACAAGAAACAGCAAACUGAUAGGAACGGUCUGGAUGACUUACUGGAAACACUGAGUGGCAUAUCGUUCAAACAAUUGCUGUCUAUCAACGAGGAAAACUCAAUUGUUUUUAAGAUGGACUUGGAUGAAAGGCAGAAAUUUAAUGAAAAACAAUUGAACAAUGCUCUUGAAACUGGAAUACUUUCUUCCAACACCAUACCAGGUGAACGGUCCUGUUUCCAAACGUACCAGUUUUUGCACAAAACAGUCCAAGAAUAUCUUUCUGCAAUAUACCUGUCAAGGACCAGUUCGCAAUUGUCAGCAAAUUGCUUGCAUAUUCACCAAAUAUAUGAAUUUCACCGAACAGAAAGCGUACUCGGCUUGUCCCAGGUGUUUAUCUUUCUUUGCGGCUUGAAUCCUACCGCUGCUUCAGAGCUGUCAGUUACAAUGAACGACCUGUUUACAGUAUUUUGCGAGAGAAAUACGUAUUCUGUUUUGGAAGCUCAAGAGUUCCAGGACAUGAUACUACGUGGACACGAAGAAGCGGAGAAAGUCGGCCACUUCUGGACACACUUGUGCCUGCGCCAUAUCGUUCUUGGUGAGGUAGAGGAUGAGGGAUAUGAAGCAAAUCUAUCUGACAAACAAAGGACCACUCUGAAAAUGUACUUACUUGGUCAAAAUCAAUCGGAAGUUACAUCGUUGUAUGUUGGAAACGGGAGUGAACUGCUGUCGAACUUCCUAUGUCCUGAGGAUAAAACUGCUUUAAAUUUAGAGGCAUUCGAUCGUCUUAAACACAUUGUGUUUAACAAUAUUCCAUACACUGAUAUCAAGAAACUCCAUUUACACGGUGUAUUAGAAUGCAGCAUCACAUUCUCAAAGUACCAACUGGCACAACACCUAGGAUCAAUAUUACAAACAACUGAUUUACAAUGCUUAAAAACACUCCAACUGUCAAACUUCAGCUGGGAAUGCUCUUAUGAUGACUACGGCACAUGGUGUUCAAAUGCUGGUAUUGGCUUGGGACGAGACUAAUGUUGUUUCAAUGGGAAAUGAAUGCCUUAAACUGCAACCACUUGAAAACGCCGAUCAACUUAAAACUCUGACUCUCAGUGCUGUGCCAUACUUGGACGAACGCAACCUACCAAUAUCCAGUCUUCACAACAUAAACGUAUCGUUUAGAAAUCAACAUAGAGCAAAUCAUUUGAUGUCAAGUUUAUUGUUACAGCAGGGCAAUACACUUGUGGAAAACAGGAGCAGGGCUGACCCCUUUUUGCAUCUAAGACGGGUCUACUUGCAAAAUGUCACCAUGUCUGAUGGAAUGUUCAGAUGCCUCCUUGAUCGUAUUAUUGAGACACGACAUUCAGUAGAAUGCAUACUACCGUUGUGUACAAUUGAGUCUGAGGGGGACGUUGAUCAGCCACAGGCGGAACUGAAGAAUCAGCCAAUAGUUCAGCCCCACGCAUUUGAUUAUACAACACGUCUUAUAUUACGUUUGGCCACCAUGUCUGCUGAUUCGUUCGAACAUUUUGUGCGUAUAGUAAAUCACACAGUACAUUCUGUGGACUGUUUGCUAAUAUGGUGUACAAUAGAGUCUGGGUUGAACCCUACGGAACCACUGCAAGAUAAAAUGGUGAACCAGUUUGCCACACGGAAGAUGACUCGACAGUCAGAAGUCCUUGAGUAUACAGUGCGAAUAAAACUCAUUCGGACAACUCUUCCAGCAGGGGUGCUCAUGUGUCUUGUUAAAAUUGCUUUAAACUCGGGAAAUCUUGUAAGGUGUUGUUUGGAAUCAUGCAGAAUAAAUCCGGAAGAAGACGUUUGGCAAGUACAAAAGGAAAUGGAGAAGCAACCGGCCCUCAAAUCGGUUGAAUUUCGCAGGAACUGGGAUGAUAAGUGGUUCAUCCGAUUCAAUAACUGACCGAAAAGAUAGAUGUUUGCACAUUUCAAGAUGGAGUACGCCAGAAGGCUUAGAAAAAUGACAAAUUUGUGUAACCUAUUAAAAUAAUUAUAGAAAUUUAUACAACCCCUAAGUUAAGGUGAAUGACGCACUCAUAUAAUAAGCAUAUUUGCUGAUUUGUUUUGAUAAUUGCUUCGUCACUCAUGUAAAUGUGUUUUUCUAUGAUACUCGUGAAAAAUGUUUUCAUCAAUCAUCAUCAGUCUACGUUUUAGUAUUUGGUACACUUAGUGUUUUGAUUUUCCAAAAGUUAUAAUCUUGUUAAUGGGACUCGUUUACAUAUUUAAGUCGGCAGAAUUUUGUUAAAAUGGAAACUCUUUAUUCACUUUUAUCAAGACACAUUAAACAUAUACACUUUUGAACACAAUUUUUGUAAAUCCCAAUCUACAAUCUUCAAAGUUCAAAAAUGUUUCUAACGAUUUUCAGCAAAAAAAAGAGCAUUUUCUGUCAAGUUAUUAAAUAGUUAUGAAAAAUAAAGCUAUAAUAUAAAGAACUGUUAUAUCAUUGAAACAAGCUUCAAAGAUUGUUUUUUUUAUAUCUGACCUUACAAAUAGUUAACGAGCCCCUUUAACAGCAUGCUACCAUGUUAUAUCAUUUAUUUUGGCUCAUGCACAUCGUUAUUUUAUUGCUCAUGCUUAUUGAUGUUAAAUUGUUUUAAAGAUUGUUAAACAUACGAUGUACAGUAAAAUACUGUUUUUUUUUAUUCAAAAUGUAGUGUGCAUAUUUAUAUGAAUAAAUAUGUAUUCUGGUUAAAUAACGGGAAUCAGGGAAAACAUUUAGUACCUUGCAUUUCGUUUCGGCAAGCUACAAUAACAUUGCUAACUUUGUUUCAUAUAUUACUUUGAAUAGAAGGCCUCUGAAUAGAAGCAACACAAAAAUUGUGUUUCAUUUCUGCAAGGGUUAUAUUGAUUCUUA